AUUUCGCAUAUUGAACGUGCUCUGCUCUAUGUGAUGGAAUUCGAAAACACAACAAACCACUAAACCCAAACAAGCCCGCACCGCGGUCGAAUGCUUUUCUGUAUUUACCUCGAUGAAUACAUUACUUUUAGCUGAAAUGGUUUUCUUUUUAAAUGUGCUUAAGGUGUAAGCAAACCUCCGACCUAUCGCAAAAGUGAAUAUAUCCUAUAUAAGCUAUAUAAGAGAGAAGAAGUGUACAAAAGGAGUUAACAACAUGACCCUGUAUUUAGACUAUCGGGUCCAGACUCCAGAUUCAUCUGCCAUUAAUGUUGAUGUGAAAUGGCAUUCCCAUCAUUUAAUGUUAGCAGUGACAUCCUGCAGUGAAGAGAGAGGUGGUUUUAUCACCAUUUAUGAUGAACUGGGGGAACCCUUACAAAAUGUUUCUUUCUCACAGCAACCAUCUUCUCAAAUAACAUCUUCUGCUUGGCACCCUGAUAAAAAGGUCCUGGUUUGUGGGUGGGAAAAUGGGGAUAUACAUGUUUGGAAUGGAGGGUCAGAAUUCCAAUCUGUUCAGUCUCCUCAUCAAGGCAAUGCUAUCACGAGUCUUCUAUGGAGUCAACGUGGAGGAAGACUUGUCAGCAUAGAUGCAAAUGGUGGUCUUGUUGGGUGGAGGCUUGAUGGUCAUGACCAUAUAUCACUUGUGUUCCAUCAAACACUUCGGGAACCAUUGACCCACAUCAUAUUCAAGCAACGUGAAGCCAAGGUUCCGCAAAUGGACAUAUCAGGAUUAGCUCGAGCUGCUGUUGCUGGUGAUGAAAAAGCUUUAGAUUUAUUCAGUGCUUGGCGACCUCGAACUGCUGGGAAUCGAUAUACAUUAAAUUCGCAGGGACAAGAUGGCCUGGGAUUUUAUGUUGCAUCUCUAAGAGGAGUCAUUUAUUUUGUGUCAGAGUCAGGAUCAUGCUCUGAGGUAUUUAAUGGUGAGGGGUCAAUCAUAAGGAAAUUGCUUUAUCAUCGGAAAAAGGAUCAAUUAAUUGUCAUAACUGAAGGGCUAACAGUUACUCAAUUUCAAACUGAUUCAGAUGGAGUUCUUUCAGAACUAUCCAAGGUGAAACUUAGUGCUCAGACAGUUGAUGUGAAUAUUUUGUGGGCUGGUCCAAGUUGCCUGGCAAUUACUGUGGGUGACCUUUCUGUUCGGUUGUGGGACCUGGACUCAUCUGAAAGUUAUCUGCUUACACCACCUCAAGAUGAAUCACAUAACAGCCCUACCCGUCAGGCUUUUAUUUGUUUGGCCUAUUGCAACUUCCGUGAAAUACUGUGUGCUGGAACAAAUAGUGGAUAUAUUUACAUGUGGAAGAAACAUGCACCUGAGUCUGAUAUGAGUGAUAGUGUUGAUGCGUGGGAACUGCUGCCCCCAACUAAUGUAAGGAACUCUGUGAAACAAAUACAGUGGGGUCCAGGUGCUGGUCAGCUUGCUGUUAAUUGCAUCACAAAUGUUUAUAUUCUACGGGAACAAGUCUUGGCUGCCAGCUACAAUCAGCAGGUUUCAGUUGUCCAAAUAUCUGGUACAGCAUUGGUGGUUUCCAUUGGAACCAACUACCCUUUACUUGACCUUCACACUGAUAUCCAGGUAAAAGGGGUUGCUGUAUCAAGUGAUCAUAUUGCAGCAUGGAGUGGCCGUACUGUAAUUGUUUACCAGUUAUUACUUGGUGAAUCGGUGUCAAUCAGUGUUGAGGGUACAUUUUCUUGCAUUGUAGAAGCAGCGGUUAUUAUAGAUAAAAGUAUUGUUGUCUUGGGAGGAGGAGAACCAAUGUCCCUUGCUUCCACCAAUCCCACCAUAACUGUACAAACCUUUCAGGGAACUGUGAAACAAACACUGGCUGUCAAUGAUCAGGAAGGUAGACCUCUUUCAAUGGAACUUAAUGGACCAUUUUUAACUGUUACAACUGACAUUGGAUUCAUCAAGAUGUGGGACUUCUCUCGCAGGGAGGCCAAAACCCAUGGUCAGUCAAAAGACAUAGCUGAGGCACUAACAGAUUUUGGUGAAAUAAUUCUUGCUCGGAGCAAUUGCACUGGCAACAAAGUGUCUUUUACAAUUGCUCAGUCAAAUCUACUGCCAGAACCUAAACUUUAUGUUUGGGAUGUCGAGAGUGAUACCAUUUGUUAUUUAAACCUAACAAAUGGUAAAAUCAGCUCUGAAGAAGCUGCUAAUGAAACAGAGAAGACUAGAGAAGGCCUCCCUGAAGAUGAGUUUUCACCAAGACGAGGACUGGUUGGGCGCUUUGUUCUGUCACAUUGUUGGGAUCAAGAAGAACCUAAACUUCUUGUCUGUGAGGCAAAACGCCACCCGCAAGCUCCGAGCUUGAAGACAAAAGAGAAAACUUCAUUGUGGACUCGAAGGGCGUCCUCCACUGUUAUGACAAUGCCAGCAUGUAAUGAUACCUCAGCAAGUACAAAACGUCUAGCUGCUAUACAGGAGGCUGAGGUAGUUGUUAUAACUCUUCUCUCUUCACCUGAUCAUGAUGUUCUCAUCCAAGAUGUCCUUCCCCUGGCUGACUGUCAUUCAGGACUGCUUGGUCUGCAUGUACCAUUUUAUAUACUCUUGCGCAAGAGUCAAGACUGGAAGCUGCAGUCUCCAGUUGAAAGAGUCCUUUUGAGGGACUUUGAGGGUCUGGCUGAUUGUGAUAAAGGUACGAAAGAGGCUAUUAUCAAUUUCAGCUACCACUUGAGUCUGGGUAAUAUGGAUGAAGCAUUCAAAGUCAUAAAAUCCAUGCAAAGCACUGUGGUGUGGGAAAGCCUUGCUCGAAUGUGUGUGAAAACUAAGCGCCUUGAUGUUGCUGCAGUGUGCUUAGGUCACAUGAAACAUGCUCGCGGGGCUAGAGCUCUGAGACUUGCUUCCUCUGAACCUCAGCUGGAAGCCCGUGUUGCUGUGUUAGCAGUCCAGCUAGGUCUUCUGGAUGAAGCAGAGAGAUUGUACAGAUCAUGCGGAAGACUUGAUCUUUUGAAUCAACUAUACCAAGCCAGUGAUCAGUGGGACAAGGCAUUAGCCACUGCAGAAGAUUCUGACCGUAUUCACCUCAGAGGCACAUAUCACAACUAUGCUGGUGUGCUGGAGCAACGGGGAGAUACUAGUGGAGCAGCUCAUAUGUAUCACCGUGCGGAUACCCACCGACAUCAGGUACCUAGAAUGUUACAACAAGACCCAGCUGCACUGCAACAGUACACAUUAAAGUCUAAAGAUCCGGCUCUUAUUAAGUGGUGGGCCCAGUACCUCGAAAGUACUGGACAGAUGGAACUUGCCUUAAAGUACUAUGAGGAGGCUGGUGAUCACCUCUCUACAGUUAGAGUAUUAUGUUUCCAAGAAGAUUAUGAGAAAGCUGCUGAAGUAGCAAGUGUCAGCAACAACCGUGCUGCUUGUUAUCACUUAGCUAGACAAUACGAAGCCAUAGAUGACAUACAGCAAGCUGUGCAGUUUUUCACGCGAGCACAGGCUUAUGCUAAUGCCAUUCGUAUCUGUAAGGAGCAUAGUUUGGAUGAGCAGCUGUGGAACUUAUCUCUUCUUGCAUACCCAAGAGAUCAAUUAGAAGCUGCAAGGUACUUUGAAACCUCUGAGCCUCCAAGUCCAGAAAGGGCUGUGCUGCUCUACCAUCGAUCUGGCAUGCUGCACAAAGCUUUGGAUCUUGCUUUUCGAACUCAACAGUUUGAUGCUCUCCAACUGAUUGCCGUGGACCUGACAUCAUCUUCUGAUCCUGCACUAAUUGAAAAGUGUGCCAGAUUUUUUGUUGAAAACAAUCAGUAUGAUAAAGCUGUUGAUUUGCUUGCUGUUGGAAAAAUGAUCUCAGAGGCACUAGAGUUAUGUCUGGAGCACAACAUAACAGUUACAGAUGAGUUAGCUGAAAAUUUAUCCCCAGAAAAAGGAGAAAUAAGUGAGGAAGAAAGAAUUGCUAUUCUUGAAAAGCUAGCAGACUGUUGUCAGAUGCAAGGAAAUUAUCAUCUUGCUACCAAAAAGUUCACACAAGCUGGAAACAAAGUGAGGGCUAUGAAAGCUCUCUUAAAGUCUGGUGACACAGAAAAAAUAAUAUUUUUUGCCAAUGUGUCACGUCAAAGAGAAAUCUAUGUAAUGGCAGCAAACUACCUUCAGUCUCUGGAUUGGCAAAAUGAGCCUGCUUUGUUGAAACACAUUGUAAAUUUUUACACCAAAGGGAAAGCUCUAGAUUUAUUAGCUAAUUUCUAUACUGCUUGUGCACAGGUAGAAGUUGAUGAAUAUCAAAAUUAUGAGAAGGCCCUAGGGGCCUUGUCUGAAGCAAGCCGGUGUCUUGCCAAAGCAGGAUCUUUAAAAGAAGGAGUGGUAGAAGCGGUAAAUCUUCGAACAGCACUUGUAAAAAAAUUCCUGGAUGUGAAAAGAAUGUUUGAAAGAGGGGAGACUGACUUGGCAGUCAGUCAGUGUCGUCAGCUACUUCACAAUGCUCCGGACUUAGAGGUGGCUGUAAGAAGAGGGGACGUGUAUUGCUUGUUGGUUGCUCACUCUGCAAAGCAAAGAGACUGGAAGAGUGCUGCUAGCCUGAUUGAGGAGAUGAAGAGAGAAGCUGGAGACAAUCUGGCAUAUUACCUCCCAGCUGAAUUGCUUGAUUUGCUGUCUGCUAAUGGUGUUGCUGGUGGAUCCAAGUCUCAAAACCCCCUGGUUGUGUCACCGGAUGAUGGUAUUGAUGAGGAAGCUGAAGAGAUCAUUGAAACGGUAGGUGAUGUUGAUACAGAAUGAAAGGUUCAUCAACUUGAAGAUCAUCAGGUUUGACCUUCUCAGCUCAGGUAAAUAUUGUGUUCUCUUAUCCGUCCAUGUUGUUUGAUCUCAUAUCGUUUUUACUCUCCUACAUUUUUGAUUUGCAUCUAACCCUGAUUGGUUUUUAAAUUAAUUUACUGGAAUCUAAAUUAAGUUAACCUUUGGUUUCCUUCAGAGUAUUUUGUGUACAAUUUAUUUUUAUGUUGUAGUUUCCUGUGAUAUAAUGUACCAUUAUAGUCCAUUCUAUUUAUUGUAGAUCUUAACCAUUUUGCAUUUAUUGCAUGCUCACAAUCUCAGUUAAAUAUUUGUGGAUUAGUUAAGAGUCUUGUUUUGGUAUGUCCUUGGGGUUGUAGGUUUUGAUGUUUGUGCUCAUUGCAUUUUGUGAAUAAUGGUAAAAGAACUUUAAUCUGCUUGUACCAUUCUUUAUGCAUUGGAAAGUUGAUCCUGUGUUAGUGUUGGUAUUUUCUCUAUUUAAUUACUGGUAACUAUCCAGCAUGACAAUCUGUGUUUUUGUUUGCCCGUGCUGUGGGAAAAUAAUGCAUGUGCUGCAAUUUUAAUUUAUGAGGAAAUGAGUUGUGAAUGCCGGAGGCAAGAAAACAUAAAAUUACAUUGAGUUACUUCAAUGAGAUGUAUUUUGUCAUUUGAGAUCUAGGUAAUAGAAAACUGAAACAUGAAAAGAAAAUGUUUUACAUCAGAAAUAUAAAAGAACAUAUAAAACAAUACCGCAUAACUUUUUUGUGUUUUGAGCUCUUUUUAUGAAACAAAAUAUUAUCAGCCUACAAACACAUCACAUGAAGUGUAUUUUUGUGAACUGAUACACACCAUAUGGCAAUGUUCAAACUUUGUUAGUAACAUGGUGAUGCAAAAUCAAAAAGGCACACAUUAUGACCCUGUGGAGGGGUCUACAAGAAGUUUCCCUUAUGUUUUACUCUUGUUUUAUUUUCCACAAACUCAGAAACUAAUUAAAUGCUCAUAAGCAUCCAUAAAUGUUGAUGAACUAACCGACUUUUAUUCAUUUAAUUGAAUCCCUUUUUUUCUGUAAUCUGUGGUACAUCAUACUUUUUCUUAGUAUCCUUACAGUAACAAAACAUACUCAACAAAUUAGGUAGUAUCAUAACUCUCAGUUGUACUUUCUUUUGCUUUGUCUCAAAAUAGGUUUGCCAUUGAUCUUGAAACGACCAUUAUCAACAAAAUAGUCAUAUUUUCUACACCAUUCGUAUUAAAAAUUGAUUGAUUGUAUCCUAAAUAUAGUUGGCAUGAAAUAUGUCAUCUCUUGGAAAAUAUAUUACUGAAAUUCU